AUGCACCCAUUGACGCUAUAUUCACCGACGUCAGGCAUCAAAAUGGCGGUAUCGACAUCAUAUCCAGUUUUUCAUCUCUAUGGCUCCAGUAACCUGCACGAUGUUACGGGCAAAGGAGGCGAGAUAUAUCAGUCAGGAAAAGCUUUGGCGAUAGAACCUCAGUUUCAUACCGGCGCUCUAAAUUAUGACAAUUUUCCAAGUAUUCGCAUCGUACCAGAACAGCAAUAUUUUCAAGAAAUCGUCUACACAUUUUCCACGGUAGACGACUGA